GCCUGUUUCUGGAGGGUGCCAGGUGAUGUGUUGCCCACCCUUGCCCAGGCUUCCAAGAGUAUACCCUCCAAGAAACCACUGCAGAUGCAGCGAAUUUCAUGACCACACUACAAGGCCACUACUCCAAGCAGUUCAUGAAGGAGCUCAUGUGGUUCGUGGGACGGCUGGAAGUCCUUGGAAUGCCCUCGAGCCUGUGUGGCUCCAUUUGUUGGAAUUGCAAGGAGGGAGUUCUGUGUGCACCUUACAAAGCAACAUCCCCGGAGGACUUCCUUGAGAAAUGCCUCGUGGGAAUUUUCGACUGUGGACGCAACAGCUUCUUCGAGUGUUGCAAUUCCACGUCCAAGGCCACUGGUGCAGCGUCACAGGGUUGUCGACUAUGCCUCCCACAGGAUUUUCGUCAACCACCUGGUGGUCCCAAGACGUGUAGUUGCUUUGGCUCGGUGCAGCUUGGAAUCAGAGGCCUUUGGUCACAGCCUGUGAAAGGCUACCGUUCUGCAGGGUUACGCGGCUGUGCAAAAGGCACGACACAAGGUGUGGUGGGCUGCCUGGGUGGCAUUACGCUUGGUUGUUUGGACGUGACGCGCGAGACUUCUGCAAGCUUGCGCGACGCCGCAAGCCGCACAGACAGCGAUGCCCGCCUUCGUCCUCCUCGGCCUUUGUACGGCGUAGCGAGAGCCAUGCAACCCUUCGACCAAAGGGAUGCUGAGCUCAAGGCACAGUUGGUCUUGCUCGACCCCAGCUUGGCUUCCAUGUCGUUGUUGGAGUGCAAGAGGGACGAUGCGGGAGACCUUAUUGCAGCCGCAACUGAUGCACAUUUUCUCUACCUUUGCAAUGGAAAGCUUACAAAGGUGCGAUGGGAAGAUAUCGUCGAAGUCGAAGUGUCUGAAAAGGCAAUUUGCAUACAGCGCGCCACGGGCAAACUUUGCCUGGAAGAUGAUGAACAGCGGUGUCGCAUUGCUGCGCAGCUGCUGGGCGCCUGUCUAGGUGCUGAUCAAUGAGGGGCCAAAGAUGUACCCUGGUCAUCCCUGGUCUCAGAGCUUUCCUGUUUGAAGACUGCUCUGAAGCCGUGAAAAUAGCUCUUUCGAAGGCGCUUGUUUGUAUAGG